UGGAGAAGGUGCCUUGCCUGCUUGUUUGCGUUUGUAGCUGUCGGAGCUUUUUCUGGGCGAUUUUGAUUUCCACAUCCAAAAGAUACCUCACAAAAGGUACCUCCAUCAAAGUCGCUUUCCGCCAUUUUAUCUUCCCCAUACACAACUUCAUUCAGCAAUCCAACUACGCGAAAGCAUCGGCACCCUCGAUUUUCAAACCUGCCGCCCAGGUCAUCGAAACGAUCAAUGGUUUUAUAGGACGCGCAAACGACCCUUCAUCUCCGCAGAACGAACCCGGCGCAGGCGACGUUCGGCGCGUCGUCUGUGCUGAGCUCUGCAAGAAAAAAGGAAAAAAAAGAAAGAAAAACUUAAACAACUUUCGACACCAUGGAUAUGGACGCGCCAUCUGCGGCCAGCCGUCCCGAGACCCUCAUCGACGGCAUCGCCACCCCGAUCGCCCAGCUCGCCCCGGGACUCUCCGACCAGGACUCGCGCGUCGUGAGAGGCGAGGUCACAGUAGUCUGGCCCUAUAGUCUGAUCCGCAAAUCUUUUGCCUUUGUCAUCGCCGAGCCCGACGUCCGGUUGCGCGACUCCAAUGGUCAAAUUCGUCUUCAGGUCGAUGGCGCGAUCGCGAAGCUCGUCGCCGAGAGUGGGCUGGAAAGUGGCGAUGAGAUUUUGCUGAGCUUGGCGGGUGCAGGCUGGGCUGCGAACACCUACGAAGCCCGGAUUCCUGGAUCCUGUUCGGGUUGGCAGCUUGAAUACACUGAGAAAAUUACUCUCGAGAUCAAAUCCGCCUUCACCGACGACACCAAGAUUCUGGAUGUGACCAAUCCGCCUUCCACAGAACCGGACGCUGCAGCCGAACCUCCCAUCCUCGAAGCGCCUUCCGAGGAUUUCCCCUUCGCCGAAGAACCUUCUCUCUCCAGUCCUGUGCAGAAAUCGAGCAAUGUCGAGUUUCAUUCCCCGGCCUUCAUCAAAAGAGCACGCCUGUCAUAUGGCUCUCUUUUCGAACCAGACCACGACCCGUUUGCAGAAGACGAUGGUGGGGUGAAAGGAAAGGGCCGCAAGAGGGCGCGAUUCGGUCGAUACAGUGCAUCAUGGAGAUAUGCUAGCCAUACGCCUAGCCCCGAGCCCAGCGAAGCCGGCGUGGAGGAGGAUGCCGAAGCGGAGGUUGCUGCAGGCAUCGAAGAUAGUCCAAGCGCGGCAGCAUCUGCGCUGAAGCUCAAGUUCUCGGGGCCAACGAUGGUUGAUGAAGGUUGCCAGGUCGUCGAGUCGAAUCUUGUCCCAGAUGAGGCAAGCAUAGAUCGUCAGGUAGCAUCGUCUGCAGAGAAACCAACCACAGAUGCCAGUGGGCCAGACACUCCUCCCCUGUUCGCACCAACAGUUUCGCCAGAAAGUGUGCAGAUGCCAACUGAAAACAUCGAAGCAACUGUUCCUUCGACGUUUGUGACUAGCACCCUAUUCGGCAGAUUCGAAAGCAGUAAUGGCGAUUACUCUGUGCCUAGAUUUCAGACAGACAUAUCUGGUGAGCAAAGCGGACCUUCUAUAGAGGAGCAGGUCAGGUUUGGCUUUCAUCAUAGCCCUGUUAUACCGCUUGCGUCCCAGGGCAUGGAGGUGGAGCAUAGUCAGCCUUUUCCGCAAGCCCAUGGCACUGAGCAGGUGACAUCACUCCCGGUCAGCACUGGAGCUGAGACUUCGGGAAUGGUUCAAGACCUCGCGCCCGUUUCUAUGCCUGCUUCGCAUGGAGGCGAAGCAGUCCAUCAAGAGACGAUACCGCUCUGGAAUGUCAGCAAUGAACAGAUACUAAACCCUGCACACGCUGAUGCUGAGCUUCCCAUUGAUCCCUCCCUCACAGCAGCUCUGGAUGCAGACGGCCCAGAUACAGAAUUGGGCACUCCUAGCCGUACAGCAUUGCCCACAGAGGCCAACGUGUACGGCUCAUACAACGAGAAUAGAUACCAAAACGAAGCCGAAGAUGAAAUGGUGGAAGACAAUGUCGAGGGAGCAUCGGUAUCAUCCGAGGAAUCCUUGAAUCCCGAUGAAGCCGAAUACGAGCGCCAAUUGGCCAAUGAGUCCUAUGAUGAUUACGAUAUGAGGAACUACGCCGACGUGGAGGACGAUGUUGAGGGGCCAUACGACAACGGACCGCCUGAGGGAGAGGAUGAGGAGGGCAAUUAUUAUUCGGAUGGAAGUGAGGGCCAAGAAGAGGAGGAAGAAGAGUAUUCCGAGGAAGACGAAAGCGACGGAGAAUCACAGGAGAUGUCUGCACCAAAGCUCCAAAGGGCACCACAGCAGACGGGCCCAGUAGUGAUUGACUUGCUAUCAGACUCAUCGGAUGAUGAGAGUGAUCCUCCUCCUCCACCCGCUAGCGUUCAUAACGCAGAACCUCAGCGAAACCUCGAGAGCUACGAUGUUGGCCAGGAAUCACAUCUAGUAUCGCAGACUUCACAACCCCAAACAAGCGCGUCGCAACCAUCGCCACCUUAUGACGUCCACUCUGAGCCAAGUAAUGGUGAAUCUGAAUCUGAAUCUGAACAGUCUGAACAGUCUGAGGAGGAUGCAGAGGGUGAGGAUGACGAGCUUGCGGGAUUUGAGAGCCCGGUAAGGUCCAUUGUUCAGACCGAACCCGAUUCCGAAGCCUCUCAAAUGCCUGCUAUCAACUCCGAGCCCGAGCCAAUAAUGUUAUCUUUGCGGCAUGUCACACCAGAGCGGUCAAAUCAGGAUCCGGUCAAAGACACCCAAAACGAACAAUCCAGCCCAAAACCCGAUCAAGAUGUUGAAAUGACUGUGCCGAUGAUGUCCGGGGCUCUGUUCCCGACUGCGGCCGAUGAGAUGCAACAGUCUAUCGAGACUGUCGAGGAAACUGGUGGCGAGGAACAAACAGAGAUCCAGGAUGAAGUCGAGGACGCAACACGGUCUUCGCCUCCCCCAGCUGGAGAAAGUGAACCAGACCAGAAGAUGGUACCAAAUGUUGCCACCCCUUCAUCACCUAUACAAGAAGAUCCCGUUUCAGAACAGUCAAAGGAGUCUGUUGUGGCACCGGAGCAAGCCGCCGCAGUAGCAGAAACCGGUCGACUGCCCACCCCAAUAGGGACGGAAACACCACAGGUUGAGAACACUACUCAGGCAGACGAACAAGAAUCCAUACAAACCGCCCAGGCUGCCGGCACAGAGCAGGCGCCGAUGGAGGACGACGACGCCGAAAUGGUGGAGGCCCCUGUGCUAGACAGUGGAUCGCCGCUGUCAACUGUGGUAGCUGCGCUGGAACAAAAGCUCGAGGAGAGCAUUGUAGUCAAGAAACAAAUGGAACUUGCGAAUGGUGAGCCUGAUAUCGGCGACAUCGUCAGCGAGGACGAGGCAAACGAUAUGAUCUCGCAGAGAGUGGUCUCGGUAGACGUCGAGCAGGUCACCACCAGCAAGUUGAAGUCUGUCGAAGCUACGGAUGUGAUUGAAGGCAGCGGAGAGCCUGAAAAGUCUGUUGUGACCAUGGUAGAAGAUGUCGAGGUCAUUGUUGAAGACGUUGAGAGUGUUGCCGAAGAAGACGAAAUCGCCAACACUGCUCCUCCCCAGGAUCCGGCGUCGCCUGCAUCGUCCGAAAUCGAGCACGUUCGCGGACAGUCUGCGUCGAGUCUGAGAUCGAACCAGAGUCGCGAAUUUGCAACUCAGAUUCCUCCGUCUGAAUCAGGGUAUGUUAAUGACGACUUGUUGACGGACACUCAGGAAAACGACACUUCAGCAGAAAAGCCACAUAGCCAGGCUGGACAGGCCGAGACAGACGGAGCUGAUAAUAGGGAACCCGAAACUUCGACUGCUCUGCCAUCUCAGGAUAUACAAAGCCCACGUAAUCGGUUUACUUCUCAGGAACCAAUGUCUGAUGACGUUGAUAUGGUUGACGCAGGCCCUGCCUCGGAAGACGAUAGUGCUGCUGAAGGUGAAGAUGGAAGCGAUCACUCUGAAGACGGCAACUAUGUUGAGGCCCCUGAGAGCUCUAAAGAUGCAACCGGUGCUGCCGAGGACGGCGAGCCGGAACCUUUGUCGCAAGAUACCAAGGCUGUUGAAGACGAAGAAAUCCCUUCGUCGCCUGUUCUGAGCACGACACAUGAAGUUGAUAAUGAUGGUGGUGCCAAGGAUGGCCCCUCUAUCAUUGAAGAGGAUGAUGAAGACGAAAGGUCGGACUCCGACGAAGCGAGUAGCGUUCCCGAAGAGGCUGCUGCUGAACCUUUGCAGAAGGAAGAAAUUCGGGUUGACAUUCAAGAUGAUUUCAAGGCCGCAGAGGAUGCCUCCGACUCAGAGCCUCGACAAGUCGACGACGGGCCGGAUGAAGAUCAAAGCAUCGGUGAAGCAAACGAGGAAUCAUCGUCUGUGAAGUUCGGCGGGUCAGACGAUUCUCGGAAUGUAUCAGAGGCGGCGGAGGACAACGAGUCUGGCAAGGAGAAUGCCGACGAACCAGAAGAAGAGGCGUCUUCUGCAGAGCCAAAGCCAACACCGCGGGCGACCCGCAGCGCUAAUAAACAAAACGAUACCAAGGCAGCGAGGGCUGCCUACAAACCAAGCAAGAGUCCCGAGCUCGACACAGAGGAGAGCUCCAGCGAUUCUGAGCGGGAACAGGCUUCGACAAGGGUCACUAGGGGUGCAUUGAAGAAGGAUAACGAACAAACACCUAGAGUCCGAUCGCAAAACACGCCACAGCCCGACAACAUGAGCGAGCUUGCCGUUGACGAAGGUGCUGAGCCAUCAGCUGAGCCGCCUUCUACAAGGGUCACUCGGGCCAGUCGCAAGAAUGAGCCUUCCGAUACUCCAACGGCUGCCCGGCCUGUCACCAGGGCUACAAAAACCAAGCAGGCUCUCACAAAGGCCGAAGAGAAAGUUGAUAAGGUCAAGCAGACAGCCCACGAUGGCGAUCCCAGCGUCCGGCUGGCCAAGGGCGCGAUGACUAAGAAGGGACCUGCCGAGCAGCCGCAGGAGCGAACUGAUGCUACAGAUGGUGACCCAAGUAUCAGGCUGGCGCGGUCGGCUGCGGGGAACAAACGCAAGCAACCAGCUGAGCCGACGAGGUCGGUAAUCGCAACAACUGACGGCGACCCUAGCCUUAGGUUGGCCAGGGGAGCUGCUGCAAGUAAGCGGAAGCAGCCUUCGGAACCGAUAGAACCAUCAGCCCCACCAGCCGACGCAGAUCCAAGCGUCAGGCUGGCUAGAGCGGCAGGCAACAAGCGCAAGCGACUCCCUGACCAGUUGGACGUGUCAGCCCCGGCUGCAAAAAACAGGAUGACCACAAGGUCUGCCUCUAGCAGUUUUCGGCGCAGCGCCAGCCCUGCCGUGACAGAGGACGCAAGUACGAGGCUUGCCAAGGGAGCGCUUACCAGUCCCUCUCGUCGCCAGAAACCCACAGCCUCUUCAGAUGCACAGGCACGCACGGAGGCGGCGCCUAGCGCCAGCAACAGCAACCAAAUCAAGACAGAGGUCACACGUCGACUACGCGAAGACCUGCCCGACUACCAGACUCUACUCCGAGUACCCAAGAUGGUUGGGAAAACGAUUGACCUGCUUGUCCUGGCCACGACCGAGGGCACCAAACCAACACGGACGAAGGCGCGGCAGUAUUGCAUGUCCUUCAACGUGACCGACGCCAGUAUUUCUUCCCGAGUGUACGAGGUUCAGCUGUACCGCCUACAUAAAGACUCGCUGCCCAUAGUCAAGCCUGGAGACCGCGUCUUGCUGCGCGACUUUAACAUUGUUGCCUUGACGGACCGCGGCUGGGGCUUGCGCUCGGUCGAAAAGUCCUCGUACGCCGUCUUUGACGACGCCGACGAUGCGCAUGACAGAAACGAUGCGGCUGAAGGCGGCAGCGGCGGGAUGCCACAGAUUCGUGGGCCGCCCGUGGAGCUCACGGCGGCCGAUCACGAGGUUUCCAAGCUGCUGAAGCAGUGGUGGGGCUCCCUAGACGAUGGCGCCAGGGAUAGGCUCGACAAGCAAAACAAGAAGCUUGCUGCCGGUUCUUAGGGGUGCUGCUCAACAAUCUGAAGUAUGUGCCAUUGACGGCAUGGCUUGGGAGGGGUCAAGGUCUGGUGGAAACAUUUGGAGCUGUAUUACUUAUGCCAUGUCUUGUUUUGACAGCUUCAGAACUGUAUUUGGGCGGUUUCGCGGUGAUUGCGGAUAUCCCGUUUUUGUAGUAGUACUAUUAUCCUGGGCCGGAAGUGCUCAGGCCAGAAGCCUUGUUUAUUUUUUUCCUUUGUGGGGUGGGCGUUACAGGCUAGAGGAUUGGCAAUCCCUGAAGACGACCAAAAUGUGUAAUGUACAUAGAAGCAGCUGGGCCGACCAUACUCUCUGUCCGGCCUAUUCGGGGGCCUAACAGAGUCAUCACAAUGGCCACCCCAGUCUUAAAAUUCGAUUUCGACCUCGAAUCACG